UGAAUGGAACAACAUAAACAAAGCGCAUUUAUCUGUUGCAGUGAGUAGUAGCCUUGACAUUACCGAGAUUCUAUGUAAAAAAUUGUGCAGAAAAGAAUCCUUAUUUUAUUUAUGCUAAGAACGAUUGAAUUUAAUAUGAUCUUAAAUCCUAAUCGAAAAUAAUCUAAAUAAGCAUCAAGUGCUGCAUUUACUUGUACAGUUGAGUUUAGACAAAGACGAAAAAAUGGCCAGCGCAAAUCGAUUCACUUCGCCCACGCCUUCCGGCAGUGCGGUGGGACCGAGCACGAGCGGUGCCGCGGCAGCUGGGCAUGCCGGACCCAUCACCAGUGCAGCUAACCGGUGGAAACGGAUGCUAGACUGUGACGAGUUUGUGGGAUCAAGAAGAUCCAAGCAUACCGUGGUUGCGUACAAGGAUGCGAUUUAUGUUUUCGGAGGGGACAACGGGACGAAAAUGUUGAACGAUUUGAUUCGGUUCAGUGUCAAGGACAAAUCCUGGGGGAGAGCGUUUUCUACCGGGACUCCGCCCGCCCCCCGCUACCAUCAUUCGGCGGUGGUCCACGCCUCGUCGAUGUUUGUUUUCGGAGGGUACACCGGAGAUAUUCACUCGAACUCUAAUCUCGCCAAUAAGAACGAUUUGUUCGAGUACAAAUUUCAGAAUGGUCAGUGGACCGAGUGGAAGUUUGUCGGUCGCACGCCGGUACCGAGGAGCGCGCAUGGCGCGGCUGUGUACGAUAACAAGUUGUGGAUUUACGCCGGGUACGAUGGAAACGCUCGGCUGAACGAUAUGUGGACCAUUAGUUUGACCGGUGAACCUCGCCAAUGGGAGGAAGUUCAACAGAAGGGCGAUCGACCACCAACUUGUUGCAAUUUCCCCGUGGCGGUGGCUCGUGGUUGUAUGUAUGUAUUUUCCGGACAAAGUGGACUGCAAAUCACGAAUACUCUGUUCCAGUUCAAUUUCAAGGAUAAAAUUUGGCGUCGCAUUUCGAAUGAGCAUAUUCUGCGCGGAGCUCCUCCACCUCCGGCGAGGCGUUACGGUCAUAUCAUGGUACACCAUGAUCGGUUCUUGUAUGUCUUCGGAGGUGCAGCGGAUUCCACGUUGCAGAAUGACCUGCACUGCUACGAUCUCGAUUCACAAGUUUGGUCGACAGUGAUUCCUGCCACCGAAUCACAGGUUCCAAGUGGACGGCUGUUCCAUGCUGCGGCCGUGAUUGGCGAUGCCAUGUACAUAUUCGGGGGUACGAUCGAUAACAACGUCCGCAGUGGGGAUAUGUAUCGUUUUCAGUUCUCCAGCUAUCCGAAAUGUACGCUACAGGAUGAUUUCGGUAAUUUUCUACUGAAUCGGCAGUUUUGCGACGUCCAGUUUGUGGUUGGGAGUGAGGAGAUCAAGAUUCCGGUGCAUGUUGCGAUGAUUGCGGCACGGUCUCAGUUUUUGAGAUCGAAGAUUAUAGCCGCUCGAGAUGCGAGGAAUCUUCAGGAAGUUGCUGAUGGAGAGCAUCCAAUGUUGGAGGUUCAGUUACCGGACGUUCAACCAGAGGCAUUCCAAAUGGUGCUCAACUACAUCUAUACCGAUCGGAUUGAUUUCAAGGAUCCAUUCUGCAACAAAAUCGUUUUACUGAUGAUGGACGUUUACCAGCUGGCAGGACAAUUUGCUAUUCCCCGUUUGGAGCAACUAUGCGUGCAAUAUUUGGAGUUUAAAAUCUCAAAGACCAACGUUUUGGACGCUCUGUAUAACGCCGAUCGGAUGAGUCUUACCCUCAUCAAAGAUCACUGUCUUGGAUUCAUCACAAAAGAAGAUCACUUCUACGACAUCGUUAUGUCCGCAGAGUUCGCCGUUCUCGAGAAGCCGUUGAUUGUGGAAAUAAUCCGUAAGCGAUUGAAUCCAAGCCGACAUUCGACCGAUAUGAAGUACGAUAAGACAAUCGGUACUUCGCUGGAGAAUGAUAUGGCGGUGUUUCUAAAAUCCGGCGGGCAGGAGUUUUGCGAUAUAAACCUGGUUCUGGAAGGGAACGUUAUUCCGGCGCACAAAUCAAUCCUGGCGGCACGGUGCACCUACUUCCAGGCUAUGUUCCGUUCUUUCAUGCCAGCGGAUAACACCGUGAAUAUCCAAAUUGGUGACAUCUCUCCUUCGCAGGAAGCCUUCAGCUCGCUGUUGCGCUACAUUUACUACGGUGACACCAAGAUGCCACCGGAGGAUUCAUUGUAUCUUUUUCAGGCCCCCUGCUUCUAUGGCUUCACCAACAACCGACUGCAGGCCUUCUGUAAGCACAACCUCGAAAACAACAUAACUUACGACAACGUGUUGCAAAUUCUGGAAGCGUCGGAUAAAAUGAACGUACCGGACAUCAAGAACUACGCCCUCCGCAUGGUGGUGCACAAUUUCUCCCAGGUUGCACGGUUACCCAAGAUGCAGGAGUUGACGCGGGAACUGCUGCUGGAUGUGAUUCUCGCUAUGGCCGAUACCAAAGGCGAGCACAAGCGCAUCAGCCACGAUGUGUCCUUCGUUAGUUUCUACGGUGACAUGUGAAGGAUAGCGUUUCUGCAGCCGGUUCUCAGCAUUCUUCUGGCUUGGCUUAGGAACAAUAAUGAGUUGUUUUGAACAUUCGUGGAAAGUGGACAGAAAGUGGAGUCCUAAAUAUAUUAGAGAAAUUUGAAACAACUUUCCAUGUAGUCGUCAUCGGUGUUCUGUGAUUGAUGUUUCACAUUAUUGAUGGGCUUCGUUCCAUUUGCGUGAAGAUAUGUAUUACAUAAUUGUGAUGACCACGCUAAAAUAUUUUAUUGAUCGGUUUUUUGAUUGAAUUUAGAAAAUUAAUAUUUCUGUGAUGUACCUUUGUAGCACCAAUAAAUAUUUAAAAAUGUUUGC